AUGAAACAACUAGGCAGCUCCUCUAUCCUCUGCAGGAUAAGGCAAUAUUCCUCUUCAUCAGCGAACAAACCGGAGUUAUUCCUCAACCCACAUGCUUGGCAAGGAUUACCAGCAGAUCAAAUUUUUCAAUUACAUCAAAUUAGAAAAAAGUAUCUAGGUGAUGCUUACAAUCCCACCAACGAAGAAAGAACUGCUAUCUUAUCCACAAUUACAUCACUCACAGCUAACAAACCAGCGUUGGACUAUGCAUUUGAAAUUGAGAAUUUUAAGGAACGAAUCAUGAACAAUACUCCAAUGAAGGAUAGAGGUAAACCUCAAAAAUUGAGCAACAUGUUUGUGAUAAACACAGGAGCUGAACCACAUCAUGCUAGACGUAUAGAGAAUUUGCACAGAGUUUCAGCUUUUGAAAUGCCUUUAUUGACCAAGUAUCGUCAACCUUACACGCCAAAACCAAAAACACAAGCUCCCAUCAAAUUGACGUACAAUUCUGAUUUCAGUGACGACAUAUCUAACAAACACAACAGAAAGGUCACAUUACAUGUUGAACUUAAAGAUUUAGAGCUUACCAAAGAGCAAGAACAUAAAUUUAAAGUGCUUGCUGGUCGAAGAUUUCACCAUGGGUCUGAUUCGUUUCAGUUAAAGUGUGAAAGAUUCCCUCAAGCCGCUCAAAAUGUAAGUUGGUUAGUUGACACAUUCAACAAACUAUUGGCAGAAUCCAAAGACCUCAGCAAAGAAGCUUUUGCUGAUAUACCAUUAGAUAAACGUCAUAUGAAAACUUGGACCACGAAACCAAAACCAGUAUUCCCUGAGGAAUGGAAGAGACCACAAGAUGCUCCAACAAAGAGACAUGAAAUAAUUAGUCAACUUGUAGAGAUGAGUAAAGAGAAGUUGGACGCUGACCAACUCCACAAGAUCUCAUCUUGA